AAUGAAUUGCUUUUCAUUGUUUCCAAGUUUAAAGGAAUAUUGUAGAUGUAAAGAAGGAUAUUUUGGUGUUGAUUGCGCUCAAAAGAUACCUUUUUGCGAUAUAAAUAAGUAUAAGGAAGGAGGUCAAAUGAGAAAUGGUCGAUACCUAUGUGGUGAAGUGAAAGGUCAAGGGACUUGUUUUGAAGGAGCUAAUACUUAUCAUUGCUCUUGCUCUCUGGGAUUUACAAGAGACUUAAAUCUCUUGAAAGAUUUUGAUAACUGUCUAUUAAAGGCUGAUAUCUGCAACCGGUUAAACUCUUGUGGUGAAAGAGAGAAUUGUUAUCCAUCAAGAGACGGAACUAACUUUAAAUGCAUCUGCAAAUUUGGAUUUACUGGAAACGAUUGUAGUACACUGAUGGCUUAUUACGAUAAUUGGGAACCUUGGAGAAAUUUCGAAUGUCAGGAAAAAUGCUAUGAUAAAAGUUCAGAGACUUCUGUUGUACAUUCGAGGAGAAGGAAAUGUAUUAACGGAAAUCUAAAGGGUCAAAGAUGUAUAGGCUUACCGAUAGAAUAUAAGCUAUGCUUCAAAUCUAAACACGAGCAAUUAGCCAAUAGAUGUAUUAAGCCUGAGUGGCAAGAAUGGCAAAGUAUAAGCGGUGGUAAAUGCUCAAAAUCAUGCAAUGGGGGAAUCAUUAAACUAAUUAGAAAGUGCUGGAAUAGUUUAGAUAGAGAAGUGAUCACCGUAACAAAAUGCCAAGGUCUAUCCUCAAAGACUGAGAUAUGUGCUCAACACGACUGCCCUUCAGACCUGAUAAUUGAGAACACAGGAUCGUGGAAUUCCUGGGGAGAUUUCUCUGUUUGCGACACAGAGUGUGGCAUUGGUGAAAAAAUUCGAAUAAGAACAUGUUCAACUGGCUUAGGUCUAUGUGACGGUCCGGCUCACGAUAUCUCGGCCUGUGCGAGCAAUGACUGCAAUGGGAAACCGAAACAUGAUAACUGGUUUGAUUGGUCAUUCUGUUUGGAAGAUGAAAAAGAAUGCUUUAGAGUUCGGUCUUGCAACAGUAGUACCUGCGGCGGUAAAGCUCGACAACAGGCUCCUUGCAUUGAUCAAAAAUGCAUGGGAAAAAGUGUUGCAUGGAUGAUAGAGAAAUUAUUUGACAAAACAACAAAAGACCAUUACUUAAGAGAAAUAGGAGCGCAAGAAGAAAGAACACAUAAUGACCUAAAAGAGGAGAAAAACAAAAUUAGGAAGAAAGAUUUUACAAAUAUUAUAAUUAUUUUCUUUUGCGUUGGCGGCCCAUUAUUAAUAAUUCUCUUCCUAUUGGUCCUCUACUAUUCCUAUUAUCAAAAGCAUCCAAGUAGAAAAGAGGCUUUCGUUGCAAGAAAAUUAAAAGUAUACGAAAAUGACAUCAGGCGUCGAUUAACUUAUGCAAGAUUAGCUAGCCCUCAGGCCUUCGCAGCUAAAGUUAUUAGGGAGCCGGAUAUGUUUACUCACAUUCCACAGGCGUCCAAUUUAAAGAGCUCUUGUAAUACUAGGCCAGAUAAUUCUGAUUGGAGAAGAAUGGUUAGGAAAACCUUUGGUUCGGUAUCUAUUGGGAAACCAUGGCCAACCGGAGAAAUUUUUACAACGGUUCAAACUUUAUUUCUUGUCGGGAAGACGUAUGACCACAAAAGAGAUUCUUUACUCACAGAUGAAGCUAAUCUGUGGAAAGAUAUGUUAAUCGGAAACUUCAGAGAUCAUAUGCUGAAUGACACAAUUAAAACAUUGAUGGGAUUGGAGUGGACAUACUGGAAAUGCUCUCCAAUGACACAUUUUGUGAAAGUUGAAGAAAAUAUCUUAAUAAAUAUUCCAAAUCUAAUAAAAACAGUAACACAGGCAGCAGAAACUGGUAAAGGUAUUAUUGGAUCUGUCAGGAAAGGAGAACUAGUAAGUCGAAAGGGUGAUUUGGGACUUCCUGUACAAACUUUUCCAUUUCACGUUCUGCCAAUUCAUUUAUCAGCAUAUACCUAUGUAAUUACGGCUCCUGCAUUAAAGCAAUUACUGGAGACUUCUAGAUAUGUCAGGUGGCUGCCCUUGGAAAAUGUCUACUUUACAGGAAUUUUACCGAGGAUAGCUCUAAUUCAAAUUGGACAUCAUCCGGGCCUCCAUUAUGAUAUAGUGCAUAUUUGUGACUUAAAAGAAAAAUCUUCUCAAUUUGUAGCUGGUAAAGUUGCUAAAAAGGAUUUAGACAUCUUAUGGAAACGUUUCAAGGAUACAAUGUGGACCUGCCAAAAUGGAAAAUUAUAUCACCUUUAG